GGCUGGGGACCCCUGGGCCGUGGCUGAUGCUCGCAGCGCGACCGCGGUGGUCGUGGAGCCUGGGGGAGACAGCCAGCUCGGGCGGUGGCCAAGUGGAAGAGAGAGGGUCGAGGGGAACGCUGGGCGUCUUCACCGUCGGAUCCGGAGGUCGCCGGUGUCUUAUAAGCCCCCGGCUUAUGUGUGAGCUCUGGCAGAGACCCCGAGCGGCAGGAAGGGGCCAGGAGGAACAGAACUAGUUGCGGCCACGGAAGCUGAGAGGUCAACGCAGGGGCUAAACGUUCCAAGCAAAAGGAAUAGGUUUAUCAGAAUCUGAGAUUUGUGAGGACACUGGUUUCUGAGAGUUGAAGGCCCCAAGCCUCUUGAUUUGUCAACAACUCCUGGAUGUUUGUUGAUAGUGGAGUAGAAUCUGGUUGGAAUAGGGUGUGUCUGGAGCCUGAGGCCUUCAAGAUAUGGAAAGAUGUCAGAUUAUCCUCAGAACAGGCCUUAGGGCUUGAGAUGGAAGGAGGAGUGGUCAUCUUGAAGGGAUGGAGAGCCUUAGGGCUUGUUAGAGGACAGCCCGAUUGAGCCAACUUCUAGGCAUAGCAGAAUUGCAACAUACUUUGUCGACCAUGUGCUCUUGGUUUAUUGCCAAACCCUGUGCACUCCACAUUGGCAUCGAGGACAGUGGUCCUUAUCAGGCCCAAUCCAAUGCCAUCCUUGAAAAGGUGUUCAUAUCUAUUACCAAGUAUCCUGAUAAGAAAAGGCUGGAGGGCCUGUCAAAGCAACUGGACUGGGAUGUCCGAAAAAUCCAAUGCUGGUUUCGCCAUCGGAGGAAUCAGGACAAGCCCCCAACGCUCACUAAAUUCUGUGAAAGCAUGUGGAGAUUCUCUUUUUAUUUGAGCAUAUUCUGCUACGGAAUUAGAUUUCUCUGGUUGUCACCUUGGUUCUGGGACAUCCGACAGUGCUGGCAUGGCUAUCCAUUUCAGCCUCUCUCAAGUGGACUUUAUUGCUAUUAUAUCAUGGAAUUGGCCUUCUAUUGGUCUCUUAUGUUUUCUCAGUUUAUAGACAUUAAAAGAAAGGACUUUCUGAUCAUGUUCUUGCAUCACUUGGUCACCAUUGCACUUAUCACCCUCUCCUACAUCACCAAUAUGGUUCGAGUGGGAACUUUGAUCAUGUGUCUACAUGAUGCCUCAGACUUCUUGCUGGAGGCAGCCAAGCUGGCCAAUUACGCUAAGUAUCAGCGGCUCUGUGACACACUGUUUGUGAUCUUCAGUGCUGUUUUUAUGGUCACUCGUCUAGGAAUCUAUCCAUUCUGGAUUUUGAACACGACGCUUUUUGAGAGUUGGGAGAUAAUUGGGCCCUAUACUUCCUGGUGGCUCCUCAAUGGUCUUCUCCUGAUCCUACAGGUUCUGCAUGUCAUCUGGUCCUACCUAAUUGCACGAAUUGCUUUCAAAGCCUUGAUCCGGGGAAAGGUAUCUAAGGAUGAUCGCAGUGAUGUGGAGAGCAGCUCAGAAGAAGAUGAAGGGACCACCUGCACGAAAAGCCCCUGUGACAGUAGCUCCAGCAAUGGUGCCAGUCGAGUGAAUGGUCAUAUGGGAGGCAGCUACUGGGCUGAAGAGUAAGGUGGUUGGUAUGGGGACUUAAGCACACAUGGACUUGUAGAGCCACUGGCCUCCCGGGUCUCCCCACAUCUACUCUUCUGUGACUGGGGGACAGCAAGGCACUGAGGAGAAUCAAAGAAGCAAUUGUUUUCACCUUUUUUAAAAACCCUGCCAUUUUUGUAUUUAAUAGCCUCCAGAUCCUUUCAAUAAUGUUAUUUGCUGUGUGUGUGUGUGUGUUUGUGUGUGUUCUUAUGCACAUGCAUUUGUGCAUAUGCAUGAGUUUCAUUGCCUAGGUUGGGGCACAAUUCUGGACUGGGGCUACUAGGCCUUGCCUAGUCGCCUUUGAACCCAGCUCAAUCCCAGAUUUGGCUGCAUCUUGAAUUAUGCUGGGUCCAGACUAUCCCUUACCUUUUUGCCCAUGGCUCUUGAGGCUCUAAACUCCUGGACCAUCUGAAUGGAGCAGCUGAGUUCAACUUCAGGUUCUUGCACUGUUCCUCUUUCGGCGCUAGAAUUUUUUAGAAGAGGAAGUUGUAAAGAAACAGAAUGGUAAUGGAUGGCCAGGAUUGCUGUGCCCCCUAGCUAGAUCCUUUUCCUACCACUGGAUAGUAAUGGGGACAGCUCCUGAUAAUCCUGCUUUUUACUCAAUGGUACGCAGGGAGCAGGGUGUGGGAGACAGUGAGCUGAGGCCUGGAGGAGGACAACAGCCACUGGGUGAGCUGUUAAUGGUUUUAUAUUUGUUUACUCUUCUGUAAUUAAAAGUGCUUCAACCC